AUCAUUCACCCACAGGCCACAGCCAACACUACUCUUGAACCCACCAGCACCAGUUCACCACCCCCCAUCGCCCAUCGGACUAUCCGGCCACCCACGCACCACGCUCCACGCCGGGCCGAUGCCCUCCGAACAGCCGUCGGCAUCCACCGUGGCUACCGACCCGGCGCACACGCCCCUCUUCUCUCCCAGGCGCAGAUGGAAGAAGCCCUCGUCCGGUCCCCAGCCCCGCGUGGGCGGCGGCAACCAACGGGGCCCCAACCCUAGUCCCCUGGGCUCCCCUUCAAGCAGGAGCGAGCUCAAGCGCACGCUCCGCGAGUCCGCGGAGACUGCCGGACUAGUGCUCGACCUCAACGCGGCGAAGGCCUUGCGUGGGUCCGACGCCAGCGCCCGCCCCGACGGAGACAACGGCGACCUCGAAAGGCUCGGAGCUGUGCGCGUCGCCGUCGACGUAGACCAUGGCGCCGCUCAGAGUCUCUGGAGCGAUGCGGACGAGGUCAAGCUGCUCGCCGCCGCCGCCGCCUUCCGCGAGCGCACCGGACGACCCCCGCUCCGCCUGGACGCGGGCUCGCUGUUCGACUCCAUCAGGGAUUCCGUCUCCCCGCACUUCGACGAGGCCAUGGUGUACUCCAAGCUGAUGCGAUUCGAGAGCAAGUUCUCUUGCGGUGCGCCGGGGAGUUCCAUUACCACGCACGAACGCCGCGUGCAUGACCUGUCCACCAGAGUGUGGGGUGCGCUCGACGUCGUGCCCCUUCCGGAGGAUGACUCGUGCGACCAAGAAGCUAACGAGAGCUACGGCGACGAGCGACGCCUGAUCACAGAGCGCUCGCCCAUGCCCGCACCCCCGCCAUGCCUCGACGCGCCGGUGCCGUCCGAGCGGUCAUCUGCAUCCUCCAUCGGCGCCGGCGGGGCGCCCGCGCUUCCUUACCACGACGAACGACGGCUGAUUACAGAGGGCGCACCCAUGCCUGCACUCUCGCCACGCCUCGACGCGCCGUCGCCGUCCGAGCAGUCAUCCGCAUGCUCCUAUUGCUCCAUGGACGCCGACGCGACGCCCACGCCUCCUUGCCCCGAUGAGCGACGCCUGAUAACAGAGCGCGCGCCCAUGCCCGCACUCUCGCCACGCCUCGACAUGCCGUCGCCGUCCGAGCGGUCAUCAGCAUCGUCCAUGGACACCGACGCGGCGCCCACGCUUCCUUGCCUCGACGAGCGACGCCUGACCACACAGCGCGCGCCCUUGCCCGCACUCUCGCCACGCAUCGACGCGCCGAUGCUGUCGGAGCGGUCAUCUGCAUUCUCCAUGGACGCCAACGCGGCACACACGCCUCCUUCCUCUCACAGUUCGAAGAAGCGGUCGCUCAGCCCUCUGCUCGGCAUGGGCGACGGCCACCUGGACCCAAGCUCUAGCCCAUGCGGCUCUCCCUCCCGCAGGCUCCGCAUAUCCACAGAGAGCACCGUGGUCACGCUCGCUGCAGCAGCUGCUGCUGCGGCGGCGGCCACGCUCUGGUCGGACGUCGACGGAGGGCACGAAGAUGUCCAGAGUCCCGAAUCCACGGGCGUCGCCGUCGACUUAGGCCGCGGCGACGUUCAGGGACUCCAACCCUCGGACGGCGGAUGCCAUGGCGUCGCCCCUAACUAUCCCAAAAGAUGGAGCGACGCCGAGGAGGUCACGCUUCUCGCCGCAGCCGCCUUCUUCCGCGAGCGCACCGGGCGAUCCCCGCUCCCCAUCGACGCGGGCGCGCUGUUCGACUCCAUCAGGGACUCCGUCUCCCCGCGCAUCAACGAAGCCAAUGUGUCCUACAAGCUGACGCGCUUCAGGAGCAAGUUCCUGCACUCGGCGCCGGAGAAAUCCGCCACCGCGCACGACCGCCUCUUGCAUGAUCUCAGUGCCAAAUCAUGGGGCUCUGUCAACACUGUGGCUCGAGAGGCCCGAGAUGCAGCAACCAAGACGCCAGUGGUAACAGAGGUGCUUGAGGCCCGAGAUGCAGCAACCAAGAUGCCAGUGGUCACCGAGGUGCUUCGUGAGUACUGGAAAAUGAAUGAAUUGGCGGGGUUGUCACUGGAGAAGGGGCUGUCACUACUAUGGAGAAAAAAUGGCAGAUUGAUUGAAACCAGGUGGAGGAAGCAGUUUGAUGGAGAGAUGAAAACACAAAUGCGGUGGCAUGAUCUGGCUAAGGAAAUUUGUGGCUUGCUCAAUGAUACCAUCAAGGGCCUAGGGACAUAAUUCAGGUACAAGUGAAGGCGUAUAUGGAUCUGGUAACCCUGGCGCAAGGCAUUGUAAUCAAGUCGGAGCCUUUUCUUUGCAUAAAUCAACUACUUUAGGCUCAAAGUGGUUAAUUUCCACAGUUUAGACCUGUUUUGGGCAUGAAAAUUCCUCUAGGUUCAUGUGAAAUUCUUGAGCACCAAGGCCGAUCUUAGAAUUGAAGGGUUUCAAGUAACUUCUGUAAACGCAAUGUUACAUCUGUAUUCUGACUUGUAGGUGUAACAAUCAAACACAAGGCACGGUGUGGAAAGACUAGCUUAACGACCUCAAACUGCUUUUGCUCA